AUGUACACCGCGUCUCUCCUCGCGGCCGCGGCCGUUCUCCCCAACCUGCUUGUCUCCGCCACUGCGCCGCCCAGCUAUCCCGGGUUCACACUCAUCUGGAACGACACGUUUGCCGGCGCGGCAGGCACACCGCCCAAUGCCAACAACUGGAGGACCGUUACCGGCUACCUCAACCAGAACAGCGAGGCCGAGGUCUACUCAAGCAGCACCAAGAACCUCCAGUUGAGUGGCAGCGGCUCCCUUCAGAUUGUGCCCCUCAAGGACCCCCAGUCGUCCGGGCCGGGCAGCGGCUGGACCUCGGGCCGCGUCGAGUCUGUCGGCGGCUGGCUGCCCGCGGCCGGCCAAAAGACGCGGGUCGAAGGCCGCAUCCGCAUGGGGGACGGGCCCGCCGGGACCAAGCAGGGCAUCUGGCCCGCCUUUUGGCUGCUGGGCGAGGCCAUCCGCACGGGCACCAACUGGCCGCAGUGCGGCGAGCUCGACAUUCUGGAGCUGCGCAACGGCGUGGCCACGGGCUUUGGCACGGCCCACUGCGGCACCACGGCCAACGGCGGCGUGUGCAACGAGCCCUCGGGCCGCGGCGCGACCGUCGCCGUUCCCGACCCAGCGGCGUUUCACACGUGGACGAUGACGUGGGACCGCACGAGCAGCGACUACAAGGCGCAGACCAUCCAGUGGGCGCUGGACCAGACGGUCUACUUUACCCUCGCGGGGGUGCAGCUCGACGAGGCGACGUGGCGGACGCUGGCGGCGAGUGGCUUCUACAUUGUCAUGAACGUGGCCGUGGGCGGCGAUUUUCCAGGUGCGCCCAACAGCGCGACCCAAGGCGGCGCCGCCAGCCAAAUGGAGGUGCAGUACGUGGCCGUCUACGCGACAAAUUGA